AGAAAAACAAAGGAAAAGGGAAUAAAAAAGGUAAUUGAAAAAGGGAUUUUAAUAUGAAUUUGGGUUAAUUCUUUGUACCAAAUUGGCCCAAUUCUUCCCCAAAGCUAACCCAAAUCCAAGCCUAAAUUCGAACCAACCCCAACCCAAAUACACUUGAACCCAUCAGCCCAAAACCCAUCCCCUUUCAAUUAAAACCUAGACUUAUACCUAUAUAGAGAUAAGAUUUUAGUCUACAUUUGAGAUCAGAUUCCUAAUUCCCUUCACCAAAUGGCGCAAUACACUCGAGACUUCCUCUUCGUCUUCAUUUGUUUUCUCCAAACCAGAGACCUUUAGACCAAAAAACCUCAAGCGUCAUUCUUCAUCAUCACCAAACAGACCUCUCUUCUCCAAACCAAAAACAACGGAACCUCACUCUCUCAUUCAUUGACACACGCACAUGAAAGCUGAGAAGGAAUCUUUAAUUUUCUUGAAAAAUCGAAAAAAACAAGAGAAAGCUUCAAAGUCAGAUCUGAGAAAACCAAAAAAAGAGCUCUGAAAAAGGAGAAAAUUCUGUUUCUUCAUGUUUUUUUUUUAAUUUUUAUUUCUAUUUUUGGGUAUCAAAAUCAUGGUGUUUGCUUGAGGUUGGAGUUGUCUCGUUCGAUUUCUGGCUCCGUUAUUCGAUUUUGUUGUUGCUUCUGCCGAAACUGCUCUGCUGGGUUUCAUCUUGAAAGUUGUGCAAGUGAUAUAGUUUUGAGAUUUCACAAUUGUUGUCAAAGCUACAAGAUUUUGGUUGAAUCAAUCUGCAAAAGCGUUCAAUUUUUUCUUCCAGCUAGAUCUAGUUGGUGAAAGAGAUGGCUUAUGCUGAUCUGAUUUCCCUCGAACGAACUUUGGAGCAACUGGUGCAGCAAAAGCCACAUUGGAUUAGUGCUGAAACAAGAAGAAUGGUUGAGUCUCUCCUUGAUAGUCUUGAGUAUUUCCAAAACUUUCUUGAAGACACUAGCAAGAGAAGACAACAUUGUGAAAAGUUUGAAGAGUUGGAGAGAGAGAUCAGAAAUGCAGUGAAUGAAGCAGAAGAUGUCAUAGAACUAAAGAUAUAUGAAAUUAAUGAAAGAGAGGCAUUAUCCAACACUUUCUUGAGGACACUUGUGCAAAAGGUUGAUGCUCUAAAGAGGGAGGUGAUGAGUUGUAGGUUUGGUAAAUAUAAAGUCCUUAACGAAACAACGGAAAAUAAGGCAUUACACGAAACAUUUUCUCCACUUGCAGAAAAGAUUGAUGCUGUGAAGAGGAAUGUGAUGGGAAGUAGUUUUGGUACAAAUGAAGUUCAAGGCUAUGGUGAACCUACAAAUGAGGAUCCGCAAACGUGUAAUUUCUUGCCUAGUCAUUCAUCUAGAUAUUGCAAAACUGAAUCCAGAAAAUAUUGUCGUGGGUCUUAAAGAUGACCUCAUGAGCAUCAAGAGAAGAUUAAUAGGGCCCCCGUCUAAUCGUGAUAUUAUCCCCAUUUUGGGAAUGGGG